AUGUCAUGUCAGUAUCUGUCAAAUAUACAAUAACAAACACGCAUGUCGUAGUUCACUAUUUUGUAUUCAUGGUUUAUUUGUGUUUCAAAUAUUUUUCUAGUUUAAAAUCUAGGAGUUGAUAACUAUACAUAAUUACUACAAUAUAAAAAUGGCAGAGAAAACGAGUAGUCGAAUAUUUAAGGGGUCAAGAGUUUUAGGUUAUGUUAGUACACAUGUGCCGUUUGUGGCAAGAUUUAUAAAAAGAAGAGGUGAAACUUUACUAUGUACUAGUGUUGGAAAGUGGUUUCAUACUUAUGGGUGUGAUAAAUUUCGAUUACUGAGCGUAAGUGGCGAACACCCAGGGCCUAUAACAUGUAUGGCCGGUGACAAUUUUCAUGUCUAUACAGGGAGUGAGAAUAACAUUUAUGCAUGGAGAAGAGGCUGCGAGCUGAAACACGUGUAUAAAGGGCAUAAUGCAGCCAUUAAGUUCAUAUUUCCGUUCGGCCCACAUUUAAUUUCAAUAGAUGAAGACAAUGUAUUGAAAAUAUUUGACAUUAAAGAAGAAACACAGUAUUUAGAGUUGAGUUUUGAAGCAGAGCAUUUCCAAAUUUCAACAAUGUGUCAUCCCCCAACAUAUUUAAAUAAAGUAUUACUUGGGAGCAUCCAGGGUCAGCUACAAUUAUGGAAUUUACGUACAUCAAAAUUGGUUUACACAUUCAGUGGUUGGGGAUCGCCGGUAAUUGUUACUGAGCCGGCACCGGCCGUCGACGUCGUGGCUAUAGCUCUGGGAAACCGGAAAAUAAUUUUACACAACUUGAAAUUUGAUCAGAGUGUCAUGGAUUUUGUACAUGACUGGGGGAGUGUUAGUAGCCUAUCGUUCAGGAUGGAUGGUGCUCCUGUAAUGGUCACAGGUAGCAGUGCGGGUCAUAUUGUCAUGUGGGACUUGGAAGAGAGGAGGGUUAUGUCACAAGUCCAGUCGGCACAUUUUGGCCGUAUAGUUGGCAUGCAGUGUCUUACAUCUGAGCCACUAAUGGUGACCAACUCAGAGGACAAUUCAUUGAAGUUAUGGAUCUUCGACAUGCCUGACGGUGGAGCAAGACUCUUGAGAAAGAGGGAGGGCCAUGCAUUACCGCCUAACAUGGUGAGCCAUUGUGAGCCGACAGGAAACAAUCUCCUGGUUGCUGGCAGUGACAGCAGCCUGCAUAUUAUGAACACUGUUUCGGAAACAUUUAAUAAAAGUCUUGGCAAAGCUUCUCAUAACAGGAAAGCUACUAAGAAAAAAAAGAGAUUUGAAUUUGACCGUCUUAUUUUGCCACCAAUCACAAAGUUAAGCUCUUGCAUGCAAAGGGACAAACAGUGGGACAGCAUAGCUUCUUUGCACAAAGACAUGUAUGUGGCAACAACGUGGUCAUACCACAAAAUAAAGAUGGGUGAACAUAAGUUAAAACCUCCGGAAAUCAACAAAGGAGUCUCCGCAACUUGUCUGACUGUAACCCACUGUGGGAACUUUGUGAUUAUUGGUUACACUGAUGGUCAGGUACAUAAAUUUAACAUGCAAUCUGGAAUACACAGAGGUCAUUAUGGAAAAGCUAAGAAGAAUGCACAUAAAGGUGCUGUCCGUGGAGUGGAAACUGACAUCUGCAACCAGAGAGUGAUCACAGCUGGAGCUGAUGAGAAGCUUAAGUUCUGGCAUUUUAAAAAUGGUGAUGCACCAUAUCAUGUGAUGAGAUUAGAAGAGUCGGUGACAAUGACAAAGUGCCACAGGGACAGUGCACUGUUGGCCCUCGCGAAUGAAGACUUCACCAUUACCCUUAUAGAUAUUGACACCAUGAACAUUGUAAGGAAGUUUGAAGGUCACACUGGGAAAAUUAACGAUAUCGCCUUUGAUUCUCAGAGCAGAUGGCUUGUCAGUACAUCUAUGGAUUGCACUGUUUGUACGUGGGAUAUACCUAGUGCUCAACUAGUUGAUAUAUUCUCGUUGGAACAACCGUGUACGUCUUUGAGUAUGUCACCAACUGGCGAUUACUUAGCGACAACGCAUAUCAACGAACUGGGCGUGUUCCUCUGGGCUAACAAACUGUUGUACGAUAGAAUAUUCUUGAAACCAAUUGAUAGAAAUGCUGUUGAUAUUCCUAAAUUGAAAUUACCAAGCACGGCUCCAGAAAAACCAGAUAUAGACGACAUAGGUGUUAUAGAUCUAGGUGAAGAGCCUGAAUACAAAUCCCCUGAACAAAUUAGCCAAGAACUUAUCACCUUGUCCGACCAACCGACGUCAAGGUGGCUCAAUCUGCUCAAUUUGGAUAUUGUUAAGAAACGGAAUAAACCGAAAACACCACUGACGGUGCCAAAAUCAGCCCCGUUCUUUUUACCCACAAUUCCGAGCUUGGAACUUGAAUUUGAUUUGGAGAAAGACAAUGAUGGCAGCGAUACAAAGUUGUUAAUACCGGAAUCUUUAUCGACACUCAGCGCGUUUGGUAAGAAAUUAAUGAAAUGCGAAAGUGAUGAAGAUUUUGAAAAGUGUACAGUUAAAUUGAAAAGUCUAUCGCCGGCUGCGAUUGAGGCCGAAGUCAACAGCAUGGGACCAGAUGUUGGCGGCUCAAUAGAACUCAUGAAGCAAUUCCUCAUAAUGUUAAAUGUAAUGUUGAACAGUAAUAGGGACUUUGAAUUAGCGCAGUCGUAUUUAGGUUUAUUCUUAAAGACACACACGAAAGUGGUCUCCCAAGUUGAAGAGUUGAGAAAUUCACUGAACACUAUCGAAGAAACGGCGUCGCUGGCGUGGGCUAAACUGCAAAAUGAGUUGCUGUAUGACAUUUGUAUAGUAAAAGCGUUAAAAGAAAUGCAAUAAAUACUAUUCAGUUAAA